AUAUGAUUAGAGGAAACAGAGAACGUCUUUGGGGAUGAAGAGAAUGUAUGAGUAGGAGGAGUAACUGUUGGAGAGGGAAAUAAUAAAGCAAAGGGUGGUAGAGGAGGAUCAGCAUUCAUGAGAGAAGGAGUAUUUUUUCUUUCUUCCACUCCGUCCUUUCCUUUCAGUUGCUGAGAAUCGAGCAUCCUGCCCUCAACAUCUUUCCUGCUGUCUCCACGGCAACCCAGACUCGGGUACCAUUUGUACUUAGCAGCCGUGCAAGAGCAAGCAUUAUCCCACUGCUUGAAUAUGGAGCUUGAGCUAUCCACUUCCAGACUGUACUCAGACAUCCUCUUCUACAAUGCCACACAGAACCUCUCCUUCUCUCCCACGUCCAACAGCAGCUUCAGUGUCCCAGGCCAAGGGGUCUCCAGAAACCAUGCUUCAAUAAUUAUGGCCGUGGCGAUCACUGCCCUUUACUCAGUGGUGUGCGUGGUGGGGCUCCUCGGCAACAUCCUGGUCAUGUAUGGGAUUGUGAGAUACACCAAGAUGAAGACAGCAACCAACAUUUACAUCUUCAAUCUUGCCUUGGCCGAUGCACUGGCAACCAGCACUUUACCAUUUCAAAGUGCCAAGUAUCUCAUGGAGACUUGGCCAUUUGGAGAAGUUCUCUGCAAAGUCGUAUUGUCUAUAGACUACUACAACAUGUUCACCAGUAUUUUCACGCUGACCACGAUGAGCGUGGAUCGUUAUGUAGCUGUGUGCCAUCCUGUGCGAGCAUUGGACUUUAGAACCCCCUCAAAAGCCAAAGCUGUAAAUGUUUGCAUAUGGAUUCUGUCAUCAAUUAUUGGAGUGCCAAUCAUGGUUAUGGCAGUCACCAAAACAAAUAAAGCUGGUACAAUCACCUGCAUGCUUCAAUUUCCUCGCCCCGACUGGUACUGGGAUACUGUUACCAAAAUCUGUGUUUUCAUCUUCGCUUUUGUGAUUCCAGUCAUGGUAAUUACAGUAUGCUACGGGUUAAUGAUCCUUCGCCUUCGUAGUGUACGCCUCCUGUCUGGAUCAAGAGAGAAAGACCGCGCCAUGCGCCGCAUAACACGUAUGGUUCUAGUGGUGGUGGCUGCCUUCAUCAUCUGUUGGACACCCAUCCAUAUCUUUGUUAUUGUGUGGACCAUGGUGGAAAUUGACAAGAGGAAUCCCUACGUUGUGGCGAGCUGGCAUUUCUGUAUUGCCCUGGGAUACACCAAUAGCAGCCUAAAUCCAGUGCUUUAUGCCUUCUUAGAUGAAAAUUUCAAGAGAUGUUUCCGAGAGUUCUGCCUAUCCUUUCGUUCGCAUGGUGAACAAAGUAGUUUCAGCAGAGCCCGCAACACUACCCGGGACCAAGUAUCCACUUGUGCCCAGUCACAUGCUCCAGACAAGCCGGUAUGACUAGACAUGGAUGGCCGAAGGAGAGGAUCCAGAGGCCGACGAGGAGACGAUCUGAACUCAGAAGUCACUCAGGUUACCAGUACCACCGAAUUUUAGCAGUAGGUACAUUGGGUCUAGCUUUGUAUGCUGUUCCAGAAUACAAAGGCAUUGUGAUUGUGACACUUUCUUAUGAUUACUACUGUGUUCUGAAUUUCUUCAAUCUCUUCCUACAGAGCAGACAAUCAGACUCGUUUUAUUGGUAAAGAGUUUAUAAGUGAUAUUGCUACCUAAAUAUCUUCCAUAAAAUUACAUUUUGACUAUACUUUUAGCUGUGAACAAGUGUCCAAUCACUGAAAGAUUUGACAGUUGAAGCAAAUCCAGUGCAUGGACUACAACAUUUUUCCUCCCGAUCUCAGUUUUAACAUCUCUGCUUUGCCUUGACCCAAUGUACUCUACAUCCUCAAAAGUAGAGUUUCUUCUUUACAAAUCUUCAAGUCUUGUGCAGAAUGAAGACAUUUUUCAGGUGUCGUUUGAUUGUCUUUAAAGUCUAUGAGGUCUUGCUGCACACGACCUGUUAUGGCCAGUACAGGACAAAGCACCUACUCAAGCAGAAGAAAGGUACCUGAACUUCAUAAAAAAAAAAGCCAGCUUCUUAUCAGAAAUGUAUGCUUAAGGAUUUUAUCUGGGCAAGGGCCAAACACCAUUGAAAGGUCUGAAUCGAUCUGAUUUUUUUUUUCAGAAAGGAAGCAAUAAACAACUUGCACAAAGAACUUGAAUUCUCUUACAAGAAAUAUAAUUGAAUCCAGAAGAGUCUUCUUAGUCAUUUGACUUUAUACAUAACUGACUUACUACCAACUCAAGUAUAUAAAUAAAACAGCUGUAAAUUUGGUAGAUUUCACAAAAGGAGCAUAGAAUCCCAUUAUCAUUAUAUAUAUUUUUAUCUUUCUAUAAGAAGUAUUCGAAAGAUGCACAUCACAAAAUGGCAAUGAAAAAAGACUUUAAUUGAUGUUAUUACUAAGGUCUGUUGCCUAGUAAUUUGUAUUGUGUCCCUUAAAGGGAUAUUUAGAGUGCAGACCGGGUUUGAGUUUAUGUAAAUAAUGUGUAAAUCAUGUCAAGGUCUGUUAAAAGAAGUGAAGUUGAUAUUGCUGCCGUAAUAUUACCAAAUAAGUAUAGAGAAAAGAGAAGAGAAAUAAUUUAAAUUGAUAAAGAUGUACAUAUUUCUACUUACUUGGCUAUGUACAAAACGUGUAUAUACAUUAAUUAUAAAUAUUUUAUAAUAAUUAUAUAUGAAUAUUAUAUUAUACUGCCAAAACUGAAAAAUCACAACUCAAAAUAUUUCUGCUCCCUCCUUCAUCUUUAAAAAGUUGCCAGGAAGAUAUAUUUUGAAACAGCAGUAUUGUUAGGCUUUUUGUGCCCAUUUUGUUCAUGGGCUUACACAAUGUAGAAACAGAAAUGUAUUCCAGUAAUGGCAUGGUAGAUAUUGUUCCCUGAUAGACCCUUACUGCUCAAUCGUGAAGGGUGAACCUUCACCAACCUUUUGUUUCCCACUCAUAUUUUGAUUGUAUGUAGAAGGAACCUGACACGUUUCUACAAACCUGUCAAAUAGGUAAACUCAAAUUCUUUAAGUGUUACUAAACCCACAACAGUAAAAUCUGUCUGAAUAUGCAUAAAGCACACUUUUUAUACUCACUUUUGGGACCUAAGGGGUUAAUCCUCUGCAUUGUGUAAAAAGGCUGCUUGAUCCUGUAUACACAGAUCCUCCCCUUCUUCCACUGACUCCGAAACAUGUCUGGAUAAGACAGAGUUACUGGAGUCAGGCUGCACAUGCUCAGUUUGGUGUGUAUUGCUAAAGAGAUUUUGUUUUCUUGGGAGAAUGCAUGUGAUCAGCACAGGGCCAAUCAGCAUUCUCCAGACAGACGGUCAGGGGUCCUGCAUCCUGAUAGGACAGCCAGUGCAGUAUGAAAGCUUUUCUUACAAGCUUUAACCAGGCACUCAUAUAAGCCAUAAGACUGCUAUAUGUUGCUGAUGAGAAAAGAUAUUUAGCAGUUUAUGUUUACUAAAAUAAUUGCAUUUCCAUGUUCUGCGUACUAUGGGAGACCAAAUAUGGUGAAUGCAGAGUCCUGGGUCUAGUAACACUUUAAUUUAAGUGGUCGCACUUUGUCAAAUCACAUACCCAUUCUGGGUUCAGCUUUACUACCUUGGAAUUAUUAUGUAGGCGAGAAGUCAGAGAGCAGCUUUUUGAACUGUAGACUGCAGCAUACUUAUGAAAAACAUCUGUUCAUAUAGGAGCACAACUUGCUUCCUUUUUUAAUGGUCAUGCUCCAGAAUAAUCAUCCUGAUUUCACUCUCAAGUGUGUCAUUGACACUGAAGAAGCAGGUGCAUGUUAGAUGAUCUGACAUCUGGUAAGCACAUGCUUGUUCAAGGUCAAUGACCCACCAAGUAGUAAAGCAAGAAUAGAAAAACAACUUUGUAUCAUGCACCUAUAAAGAAAAAAUCUGGCAUCUGAAUAUAUGUAAAAAAAAAAAAUAGGCAAAGGGGAAAUUAAUAGUAGUUACCAGUAUUGGUUGUAAACUCCCUACAGCUGAUCUUUUCAGAAUACUUAUUUACUAUGCCUUUUUUUUUUUAGGAAUU